ACAUAUUUUAUUGUUAAUUUAACGUUUCGAAACCAAAUAAGUGAGUACAUAAGUUAUGUACCUUAUCUACCUACUUACUAGUAUAGGACGAGGUGAUGAAAUAAGUAAUGCAGCUUAUCUUAACUACUUAUAAAGUUAUUUACAUUCAAUUGAAAUUUCGAAAUAUGAAAGAGUUUGAGGAGAUGGUUAGGUUGUAAAACAAACUAGUUGUGUAGAGUUACUUAUUUAUUAUUCGUUGAAACUGGUUUUCUUAAUACACUUUCCAUUUUAAAUCCAUUUUAGUAAUAAACCAUGACGAACAUUACAGCUAUUACCUUAAUUUUAUUUUCUUCGCUAGGUAAUUUAAGCAAUACUGCUAAAAUCAUCGAGACAAAUGAUGUUCAUCAUGAAGUUAGUGAUAGAAUAUUUGGUGUAGUAGAUGAUUUAUUUAUUUCUUUGAAAAUCAACCAAACGGCUAUCCAACCCAAGAAAGUUGAAGAAUACAUAGUUAUGCAGAAUUUUGCACAAAACGUGCUUCGCAAAUACUAUGAAAAGCAUAAAGAAAUGCACAAUAAUAUUAAAAUAAACAUAAGCGAUGAAAUGGCUGAUCAAAUUUCUGGCGUUAACGAAGUCAUUGAUGAAAUGAUAAGAGAACAUGCAGUUACACACAACGACAGCUUUCACGAUGAAAAUAAAACUUCUCUUCAGCUUGAGAACUUCGCUGAUUUAACAAAUAUGGCAAAAGGGUAUAAUGUCACAACGAAAGCACUCCCUCCGAUUGAUUAUACAGUAUGGAGCUCCAACUCUAGUCAGGAGUUGGACAGUCGGCGGAUUUUCAAGGGCAGCAGCACGGGCAUCGCACGGUACCCGUUCAUGGUGAGCGUGCACGUGGGGGAGCGCUUCGUCUGCGCCGGCUCGUUGCUGCAUGAGAGCCUGGCAAUCAGCGCUGCCUCCUGUCUUAUGCGAACUCGCGACGAGACUAGCCAGAUGGUACGAAUACGCAUCGGUAGUGAUUUCGUCACUAAAAUGGGCUACCUAGUAAACAUAGAUAGACUUUUCUUCCACCCAGAUUUUGACCGCUCGACCCUAGCUAACAAUUUGGUUAUUCUCAAAACUCGCAAAGCGUUACGAUUCCAAAAGAAGAAAGUGGUGGCUGUAAAGUAUGAUAAAUUUGAUAGUCUCAGUUUGAUGAAGAAAGUUAAGGAUGUCAUGAUUUUGGGAUGGGGCCGAAGGGAUCCGUCAGAAAAAACCGAAGUGGAAGAACGACCGUUAUCUCGAGCACGCCUAAAUAUCUACGAAAUAGAAGAAUGCAAAUAUAUUUACACCAAAGAAUAUGUCUCAGACAAGAAUUUCUGCGCCGGAUUUGUUGAUCGUGGUGACGGAGCCUGUAAUCACGAUGGCGGCGGACCCGCGCUGGCGGGCAGCCUAUUAACGGGUGUCAUCAGCUUCGGUUCUCCACACUGCGGCCGCGUCGAUGCGCCCACAGUUUUCACGCGAAUCGGUCUUUACGCAGACUGGAUUGAUAGCGUCUUGGAUAGCGUUGCGAUUGCCGACGGUAAGCUAGCUAAUCCACACACAUUUCAAACUCCUGGGUCUAUCGAUAUCGGAGUUCCAAGUGAAGAACUUGAUAAGAUGGAAUUAGAACUAGAAAAUCCUCGAGAAGUAUUACAAAGAGAAUUUGGAUUGAAAGAUAUACUUAAUGGGCCUAUAGAUAAACUUACAAUUAAGCCCUCGGUUAGAGUAAAUGACCAUUUAGAAAAUCCAGAGCAUAUUUCUGAUGCGAUCCGCAGUAAAAUUACUGAUGUGGUGCACUCUGACGUAGAUCAGAUCAACUUUUCUGAUGAGCCUGAAGAACGCUCAACUAUAAUACCGGAGCAACCGGCACUGUUCGAAGAAAAUGAUACAGUAGAAGAUGCACAUGAUGAAAGUGAUUCUUUUACCAACUUUAUUAAGAUACUUUUUGAAAACGGUAAGAUUACCAAAAAUGAAGAUCCUGGAAUUAUCAAGUCAGAAGAGUAUGAACAGGUUGACAUUCUGAAGCUUAAUUCAGAUCCCACUACUACGACCCCAGCUCGACCCGAAUAUUUUAACGAAGAAGAGUCAUCGACACAACGUUUUGACGUCCCACGUGAUGUACCGGUGACAAGAAUGCUUGACUGGGAGUUAGGUAGCAAUGAUACAUCUAAAGAAACCACGAGUGCUUGA